AUGCUGGCGAUACGUCUGGGAAAGUACCACGUCAACGGUCCUACUCUGGAAAUGAUCCUGCAUACAAUUGACUUCGGACUAGGUGCGCAGAACAUUUUUUCUUUUCGCGACUCAUGUGGCGCUUUCCUUACAACAAUGGGUCCAGGCACUCUCAAGUCGAGGAAGGGAACUAUCGGAGCCCAAACGGCCGGCAAAGAGGACCUUUUCCUGGUGGAGCGUGCGUCCGUUCAGGUUGCCAUCAUGGCGCACAACAACAAAUUUGCCUCCACAAAACAGGGUGCGCAGAACAUUUUUUCUUUUCGCGACUCAUGUGGCGCUUUCCUUACAACAAUGGGUCCAGGCACUCUCAAGUCGAGGAAGGGAACUAUCGGAGCCCAAACGGCCGGCAAAGAGGACCUUUUCCUGGUGGAGCGUGCGUCCGUUCAGCCGACUUCACCUGUGCCUGGAGGAGGCCCUAAUUAUGCAGAAUGGACACGUCCAAUCGUCUCAGCGGCCGAGACGGUCGUGGCUGCGUUCACUCUCCAGCUUCAACUUGUCUCCUCCUUCCAGGCCGGUCAGCAUGUCGACGAAGCUGGGCGCUGGUGCAGUUGUAGGACGAUGGCGAGGCGCCUGCAUCUCAUUUGGCAACACGUUUGGAGUUAG